ACCAAGCAACCGGAUGGAAUCUUCAUAGCAGCUGCUGAUUUGAAUCAAAUCAACCUUCAACUCCAGCAGUGUAGCAGGAUCAAGAAUAAUUGUAUUUGCCUUCUACCUUCAUCUGAUCGAUUUCUACACACCAGAGAAAUAAGAGUCAUGCUGAGGAGAAGCAUUCGCCUGCAGGAAGCAGGUUACUAUACGGAUGAGGGAGCCCCGACUGUGUCCUACAGAGAGAUCUUGUACAGGAUUUUCUGGAGGAGGAAAGCUCAUGGCCAUGGUCACCAACAUGGAAACAUGGCUGCUUACGAUGAGCCAAUGGCUGACCAUGACGAGCUGAUGAGCCCCCACGCCGCCGCAGUCCUCACUCACCAGCACAACACCAGGACGGACACGAGGACAGGAACUUUUGGGAUUAUCAGCCAUCUCUUGCUCCUGUUUCUUCUGGGUGUUGGAAUCACACACUACAUACAAAUGCACGCUCAGCUGAGAACGGUCCAGCAAGAGGUGGAGUUCCUUAGACACCACGUGCACACUUUUGUUCCUCUGGCAGACGCAAUGCCAAACUUUGCGUUAGAAUCACAAGGCGCCAGAGUCGUACAUUCUUUAUCAUCAGACACAUAUUGGCCUCAAGGGACUGGAAUGUUUUGGAGUAGAGUGUUCUCCUGGUGGCAUUCAUGCAAAACCCGGAGAAGAGUGAUCCAGGGACAAUCAUCAUUACAUCCGGGACGAUGCUGGGCCUUUUCCGGCGACCAAGGGCAUCUUUUCAUCUCCCUGUCCCACCCUGUCUCCAUCAGUCAUGUGACACUCGGCCACAUCUCCAAAAGCCAGUCCCCGAAUGGUAACAUCGCCAGUGCACCCAGGGUGUUUUCUGUCUACGGGAUGAGGUCCGAGGAGGAGGAAGGCACCUUGUUGAGGAUACUGAUGUACGAUGAAGACGGGGCGGCGUUUCAGACGUUCAAACUUCCUAAUGCGGACAAAGGAAUCUUUAAAUACGUGAAGCUACAGAUUAUAGAUAACUGGGGCAACAGGGACUACACCUGCCUCUACAGCUUCAGGGUCCACGGCAAGUACAAGAUGUUAACUGAGAGAGUCGGAGGCCAACUGUCUGACUACGGAGGCGAAAAACAGAGAUGCGGUUGCAUCAUCUGCCUGAUGUUGAGAAAAUAA